GGCUCCCUGGGGCUCCCUGCUCUGACAGCUGAGACUUUCUGCUCCGUAACUCCCGGGAAAGGGGAAGACCCGGAUGUACCCUUUCUGGGUGAGUGAGGCUGGUAGUGUGUCCGAAAGCAGGUGCGCAUGUGCAACAAGUGGGGAUUGGCUGAGGUGGUGUGCGGGGCUGUAAAAAAGUGUGCUGGGGGAAGGGGAGAGUCUGUGAGUGUGUAUGUGUGUCCCACUGGGGGAUCUGAGCGCCACCUACCGGGCCUCGGAAAGCAUUCACUCAAUAGACACCCAUUAGGAGAUUUUGGCAUAUACCAGGCUUUCGCCUGAGGCAUUUUGCAGACUAAAGAAGAGUCUGGGCUGCGCUGGAGGGGAAAUUGGGGUGGGGAGGAGGAGGCUGUACCGGCCCCGCCUCACUCCUCCAGGACUCCUGGAAUUCUUGUAUAACUCCUUCCCCACCAUGGCUCUAAACCCAGGGACUCAAGCCAGACUCCAUUACCCAGAAUUCUAACUUUCAGGUAAACCCCUGCCCUUCCCCCAUCCUUAUGCCAUAUUCCAGAAAGCAUUGUUUCAGACUUCACAGAAAUCUUGGCACCCCCCCUAUGGCAUCUCCAAGGCAUUCUGGGAAUCUUUUGUACGUAGUCUCAGGUCUUGGAAGACUCACAGUUGUGGUUUUUUGACCCAUUUUUUUAUGUGAGGCUGAGAGGUGGUCAGUGCGCAGGCGCGGUCCUGGCCCCCUGCCUUGGCUACUGAGACUUUCUACUCCCAACUCCUGGGCUGCAUGAAGACUCCCGUGGUGCAGUUUCAGAUUGCUUAGGUGGGGGCGGGGAAGGCGCAUGUGCAAGCAGAGAGGAGGGGCAGGAGCCCGGCUUCCAAGUGGAAAUGCUUGUGGUGGGGGGGAGGGGCAGUCUCCCUGUGUGUCCUUGUCUGACCAUCACUUGAAAGGACCACAGAAAAGGGACAAACACGGAAGUGCCUGGCUCAGGCCGGGGCGGCUCUGUCUAUACCAGGAGCCACGGCGGGGCUUUGCCCUCCCCCAGAGGAGCGAAUGAGUCCGCAGCCCCGAUGGGAGAAGUAGGCAACGUGAGCCUGUCAGGGGGGCAGCGAGGGUGGGGGUUCCUGUGCCCACAUGCCAUGGAAGGAGCCUGAUCUUGGGCACAGAAGAAAUGCCAACAGGCUCUCCUCCCCCCAACCUGAUGCCCGUCUACCUCUCUGCACCCCUCCCCAAUCUCCCACAAUCCAUCAAUGCAGUUUGUGAAUGGAAUGAAGCCAAAGAUGGUGGCAGAGAAGGUGAGGAAGUUUCUUCCUGACCUGUCCAAGGCCCUUCCGAAGCCUGAGGCUCCCUGUUCUCCUCUGUCCAAUGAGGAAUUCUGCCCACCUUGGGGCUCCCACUCCCUGAAGGAUCACAGUGUGGCCCAAGCAGAGACCCCAGAGCCAGAGGGAAUAACUCCCAGGAUCCCAAGGCCCACCUCCCAGAGGCAGAGACUAAUUUUGAAGUGACAGAGAUGUCUACAAAGCUGAGGCUUUUUGUGGAAGGAUCUGGCGUCCAAAGGUGCAUGAAUGAGGUUCCUCAUGACUGCAUUUUGAGAGAAAUCUGUGACUCUGAUAUGCAGGGCUCAUUAACAUUCAAGGAUGUGGCUGUGGACUUCACCCAGGAAGAGUGGUGCCUAUUGGACCAUUCUCAGAAGGAACUGUACCUGGAGGUCAUGCUAGAGAAUGUGCAGAAUCUACUCUCUGUGGGUCUUCCAGUUCCUAGAGAAUAUUUUACUUCCCCUUUUCAGCAAGGGGAAGCACCAUGGCUGCUAGAGCAAGACGUUUCCAGGAGCUCCUGUCCAGAGACAGAGACUAAAUUUGAAAUGAAGGAGUUUUCUACAAAACUGAGAAUUUUUGUGGAAGGAUCUGACCCCAAAAGAUGUAUAAAUGAUGGUUCCCAUCACUUCAUUUUGAGAGAAAUCUGUGACUCUAAUAUCAAGAUCAAUAAAAAUGUAAAUAGUAAAUAUGAAUUUGAUGACCCUUCAGGGAAAUUCAGCGAAUAUUCAGUCCUAAAUAAGCGUGUGAAAUUAAGCUCUAGAAAUGUCUGUUGUGAGGAUAGUCAAUAUAGCAAACACUUUCCUGAAGUAGUAGGACUUUUUCAGUGGAAUGAGAAACCUUCUGAAAAGUCCAUGUAUCACGGUAACCUAGGAGGAAUAGGCUUUGGCUGCAGUUUAGACUUCAGUAGACAUCCAAAAAGUAAAUGUGUAGAAAUGGUUUCUGAGAAGGAUGAAGGAGAGAAACCUUACAGUCAAAACUCUAAUCUUGCUGCACAUCAAAUAAUCCAUUCGGCAGAGAAACUUUAUGAAUGUAAACAAUGUGGAAAGGUUUUCAAACGAAAAGACUCUCUUGCAGUGCAUCAGAGAAUCCACUCUGGAGAGAAACCUUAUGAGUGUAAACAAUGUGGAAAGUCUUUCACACAGAGAAGUCAUCUUGGUAAACAUCAGAGUAUCCACAAUGGAGAGAAACCUUAUGACUGUAAACAAUGUGGAAAGGCUUUCAGACUUAGGGACCAUCUUGAUGCACAUCAGAGAAUGCACACUGGAGAGAAACCUUAUGAAUGUAAACAGUGUGGAAAGGCCUUUACAGGGAGCAGCUCCCUUGCCUCACAUCAGCUAAUCCACUCUGGAGGAAAACCUUAUGACUGUAUACAGUGUGGAAAAGCUUUCAGACAGAAGGACCAUCUUGUUGUACAUCAGAGAAUCCACACUGGAGAGAGACCUUAUGAAUGUAUACAAUGUGGAAAGGCUUUCACAGAGAGGGGCAAUCUUGCUACACAUCAGAGAAUCCACACUGGAGAGAAAUCUUAUGAAUGUAAACAAUGUGGAAGGGUUUUCAGACAGAGGGACAAUCUUGUUGCACAUCAGAGAAUCCACACUUGAUUGAAACCAUAUGAAUGUGAACAGUGUGGAAAGGCUUUCACAGAGAGGGGCAGUUUUGCUGCACAUCAGAGAAUCCACACUGGAGAGAAACCUUAUGACUAUAAACAAUGUGGAAAGGCUUUCAGACAGAGGGACAAUCUUGCUGCACAUCAGAGAAUCCACACUGGAGAGAAGCCUUAUGAAUGUAAACAGUGUGGAAAGGCUUUCAAACAAAAAGACUCUCUUGCAGUGCAUCAGAGAAUCCACUCUGGAGAGAAACCUUAUGAGUGUAAACAAUGUGGAAAGUCUUUCACACAGAGAAGUCAUCUUGGUAAACAUCAGAGUAUCCACAAUGGAGAGAAACCUUAUGACUGUAAACAAUGUGGGAAGGCUUUCAGACUUAGGGACCAUCUUGAUGCACAUCAGAGAAUGCACACUGGAGAGAAACCUUAUGAAUGUAAACAGUGUGGAAAGGCCUUUACAGGGAGCAGCUCCCUUGCCUCACAUCAGCUAAUCCACUCUGGAGGAAAACCUUAUGACUGUAUACAGUGUGGAAAAGCUUUCAGACAGAAGGACCAUCUUUGUACAUCAGAGAAUCCACACUGGAGAGAGACCUUAUGAAUGUAUACAAUGUGGAAAGGCUUUCACAGAGAGGGGCAAUCUUGCUACACAUCAGAGAAUCCACACUGGAGAGAAACCUUAUGACUAUAAACAAUGUGGAAAGGCUUUCAGACAGAGGGACAAUCUUGCUGCACAUCAGAGAAUCCACACUGGAGAGAAGCCUUAUGAAUGUAAACAGUGUGGAAAGGCUUUCAAACAAAAAGACUCUCUUGCAGUGCAUCAGAGAAUCCACUCUGGAGAGAAACCUUAUGAGUGUAAACAAUGUGGAAAGUCUUUCACACAGAGAAGUCAUCUUGGUAAACAUCAGAGUAUCCACAAUGGAGAGAAACCUUAUGACUGUAAACAAUGUGGGAAGGCUUUCAGACUUAGGGACCAUCUUGAUGCACAUCAGAGAAUGCACACUGGAGAGAAACCUUAUGAAUGUAAACAGUGUGGAAAGGCCUUUACAGGGAGCAGCUCCCUUGCCUCACAUCAGCUAAUCCACUCUUGAGGAAAACCUUAUGACUGUAUACAGUGUGGAAAAGCUUUCAGACAGAAGGACCAUCUUUGUACAUCAGAGAAUCCACACUGGAGAGAGACCUUAUGAAUGUAUACAAUGUGGAAAGGCUUUCACAGAGAGGGGCAAUCUUGCUACACAUCAGAGAAUCCACACUGGAGAGAAAUCUUAUGAAUGUAAACAAUGUGGAAGGGUUUUCAGACAGAGGGACAAUCUUGUUGCACAUCAGAGAAUCCACACUUGAUUGAAACCAUAUGAAUGUGAACAGUGUGGAAAGGCUUUCACAGAGAGGGGCAGUUUUGCUGCACAUCAGAGAAUCCACACUGGAGAGAAACCUUAUGACUAUAAACAAUGUGGAAAGGCUUUCAGACAGAGGGACAAUCUUGCUGCACAUCAGAGAAUCCACACUGGAGAGAAGCCUUAUGAAUGUAAACAGUGUGGAAAGGCUUUUAAAUGGAGCAGCUCCCUUGUUACACAUCUGCUAAUCCAUCGUGGAAAGAAACCUUAUGAAUGUAAACAGUGUGGAAAGGAUUUUAAUUGUCUCCGCUCUCUUGCAGUACAUCAUAGAAUCCACUCUGGAGUGAAACCUUAUGAAUGUAAACAGUGUGGAAAGACUUUCACACAGAGGGGCCAUCUUUCUAUACAUCAGAGAAUCCACAUUAGAGAGAAACCUUAUGAAUGUAAACAGUGCGGAAAUGCUUUCACACAGAGGGACAGUCUUGCUGCACAUCAGAGAAUCCACACUGGAAGAGAAACCUUAUAACUGUAAACAUUGUGGAAAGUCUUUCAAAUGUAAAAUCUGCUACAGCACAUCAGAGAUUCCACACUAGAGAGAAACCUUAUGAGUGUAAACAAUGUGGAAAGGUUUUCACAAAGAGGAGUCAUCUCAGUAGACAUCAGAGAAUGCACACUGGAGAGAAACCUCAUGAAUGUAAACAGUGUGGAAAAGCUUUCACAGAGAGAGGAUCAAUAAACAUCAGAGAAACCUCAUUAAUGUAAACAGUGUUCUUGUAGAUUUCUUGUAGAACCUGGGAAGUGAAGUGGGACCCCUUGUCGGAAUCUAUGGUAUCGGGAAUGCCAAGUCUAGGUAUAAUCUCCUGUAAUAGAAAUCUCACUACGAUCACCGUGAUAUCUACUAUCACCUUAGAUUUCUUGUAGAAUCUGGGAAGUGUCAUUUUUCUUGGAUGGACAUGCUUCAACCCAUCUAGUCAGUCUAGCCACAAUCACCAAUGCAUAUUUGUAUCCCUUGUCUUUAGGCAUGUUGAUAUAAUCAAUUUGAAUGCACUGGAAAAGCAGAUAGCUGAGUGGUAAGCCUUUCAAUGCUAUGCUCUUAAAAUGUCCUUGAUUAUACCUUCUGCAUGUUUCACAUGCCUGACAAGUCCUAAUGGCUUUUUUUGUUAUUCCAGGUGCUGUCCAAUACCUCUGUACGUUAUCCAGAAUCCAUUGCACUCCAUAAAGUCCCUUUGCAUGAAUUACAGUGCAUAGAUGUUGAUACAACUUUUUAGGGAGAAUAGGUUUACCCCCCUUGAGCAAUUCAGAUACCUUUGAUUAGUUUAGUGCCUAGAUGCUCUUUCCAUGACUGUAUUUCUUCCCUGUUGUAGGUUUUAGUGAGAUUAUGCCUUUCAAGCAGAGAAAUUCAGGACAAGGUGGGGUCCGAACCUUGCAGUGUAUUUUGAUGUUAUGUCUGCUCUGUCAUUCCCUAGGGAUAUUCUGUCCUUCCCAUGAGUAUGUGCCUUACAAUGGAUUAUGGCCAACUCUUUAGGAAAGUCUAUAAACUGAUUUUGGAGAAUCAUAUUAUUUAAUUCCCAAUUAAUUUUUGGUUUGGCUCUCCAUGUACCCUUACUUAUCGUUAUUUUUAUUGCCUUAUGAUCUGAACAGGUUGCAUUUAUUAUUUCUGCUUUUUUGUAUUUGUAUGCCAUGUUUUUAUGACCUAGUAUGUGAUCAAUUUUUGUGAAUGAACCAUGUGCUGCUGAAAAGAAGGUGUAUUUCUUUUUGUCCCUAUUUAUUUUUCUCCACAUAUCUAUUAACUCUAAUUUUUCUAAGAUUUCAUUCAUCUCUUUUACCUCUUUCUUAAUUAUUGUUUUAUUUGAUUUAUCUAAAUUUGAUAGUGGUAGGUUCAGGUCUCCCACUAGUCUAGUUUUACUAUAUAUUUCCUCCUUCAAUUCUCCUAGUUUCUCCAUUAGAAAUUUGGGUGCUAUACCAUUUGGUGCAUACAUGUUGAUUAGUGAUAUUUCCUCAUUUUCCCUGUAUGAUGAGAUAGAAUUCAGGAUCUCAAUGGAUCUAGAUGCUCUUCCCUCUCAGAGUUGAUUUCACAGAGAGUAAGGUUUAAGUAUUACCUAUUGGCACUCUCUUCCUCUCCUUCUUAUAAGAGUAUUCUUCCCCUCCCCUUCCCAUGUGUAUCUGUGUGAAAAACAGUAUUCUAUUUAUUUUAUUUCUAUUUCUUCAAGUAUCUCUUGGUACCAUCAUCAAUUCCCCUCCAUCCUUUCUUUUUUCUUUCUUUUUUUUGUACAUAUGGCAAAGUCGGGACAUUAAUUCAUUGCUGGUGGAGUUGUGAAUUGAUCCAACCAUUCAGGAGGGCAAUUUGGAACUAUGCCCAAAGGGCGAUAAAAGACUGUUUGCUCUUUGAUACAGUCAUAGCACUGCUGGGAUAGUACCCCAAGGAGAUAAUAAGGAAAAAUACAUGUACAAAAAUAUUCAUAGCUGCACUCUUUGUGGUGGCAAAAAAUUGGAAAAAGAGGGGAUACCCUUCAAUUGGAGAAUGGCUGAACAAAUUGUAGUAUAUGUUGGUGAUGGAAUACUAUUGUGCUCAAAGGAAUAAUAAAGUAGAGGAAUUCCAUGGGGACUAGAACAACCUCCAGGUAGUGUUGCAGAGAGAAAGGAGCAGAACUAGGAGAACAUUGUACACAGAGACUGAUACACUGUGGUAUAAUUGAAUGUAAUGGACUCUUACAUUAAUGGUAAAGCAUUGAUCCUGAACAAGCCAGAGGGAUACAGGGGAAAAAACACUGCCCCAGUGAAUUUUCUCCCAUUGCGAACAUAGGAGGACCCAUCUGUGUUUACCUCUAUCUCUGGAUGGAUAAGAAGUGUAUCUUUAAGAUGUUCAUUUGGUUUGUGAAUGAGUUUUACUAUUUGAUCACAAUCAUGCAAUUCUUCUCCAUCCAUUGGCAAAGCAGGAAUCAGAGUCGCUGGGUUCAAUGUUGCAUAUCUAUGAAUUGUGAUGUUAUCAUUGCGUAACAGAAUGACUUCACACUGGAAUAUUCUUGCGUCAGUGAAUGAAUGCAUAUCCUGUGACCGUAACAGUUUUUCAUUUUGGUGUGCAGAAUACACAUGCAAUUUACAUCCUAGUACUAUAUGAUUUCUUGACAAUUAGAGCUGUAACUACUAUGCUCAGGAGGUAAUGCACCAUUCCUUGUGCAACCGAGUCAAGGGUAGAGCGGUAAAAUGCAAUUGCCCUCAGAUUUAACCCAAAAUACUGUGCUAGCAUUCCAGAAGCAUGCCUUUUGCAUCUUGGGCUGUCUAUGAAGCCUUGUGGCAGAUGACCCAGGAGUAAUCACGGCUCUGCCAAGUGAAAGCAAAGAUAUGCCUGCAGUUCUCAUGUAUGGGUAUGGAAAAGAAGGCUGAGCACAAGUCUACUACUGUAAAGUAUGUAGCUGUGGUAGGAAUAGAAGAAAUAAUAGUAUUGAUGUUGGAAACUAUGGAGUGUCUCUUUAUAACGUGAUUGUUCACAGCCCUCAAAUCCUGUAUGAAUCUAGAGGUGUUUGACAUCGGGCCCUCUUUUUGGUUUUUUAACAGGUAUGUUGUAUUCAGAUUUACAAGGGAUUAUUAUUCCCUAUGUAAUUAAUGAGUUAAUUACUGGGGUAAUUCCCUCAAUUGCCUCUUUUGAGAGGGGAUACUGAGGAAUGGGAGGAGGUGGUGGGCUAGAUUUAGUUUUUAUGUGCACAGGAACAGCCAACUGAAAUAAGCCUAAAUCUGAAGAAGAUGUGGCCCAAAGAGACUCUGGUAUAUCUUCAGGUAUUACAAAGGUGGGAUGCUCUUUUCCCUCCUGACUCUCUGAGAAAAUUACAGGCAGUAAAUUUAAAGAUUCCUCCGGUACUUCCAAUGAUAAGGAACCAUCUGGGGAGCAAGUUAUUGUGGCUCCGAGUUUGCAUAGAAGGUCCCUCCCCAGCAAAUUUAGAGGGGAGUUAGGCAUCAAAAGGAAAGAAUGAUGUACCUCAAAGGGUCCUACAGACACCAUUCUAGAGGAAAGUUUUUUAACCCUUUGGGGUAUUCCUGACACUCCCAUUACAUUCUCUGAGCCAAUAGAAUAACAAUGUAAAUCAGGUGUUCUCUAUAAUACAGACAAGGAAUCUCCAGUGUCUAAAAGACAAUCAUUAUAGGUGUUACCCACCUUUAAAGUAACAUGGGGUUCAUUAGUAUGGGGGGAGUAGUGGAUAGGGACAACGGGUAGUAGGACACCAGGGUCUGGAAAAUCAAAGGUUAUAUCCUCUGAUUCCUGUGUCCCAGUCCCCCCCACACCUUCAUUGUGUUUGGGAAGUUCCUUGGACACCCCCUUGAAGGGCACCCCUUAAGGGGCAUUAGCACUGGGAGUAUUUUUUGGACGAGCACCACUGAAGUAUUAUUGUUGUGGAGUCAUUUGGUUUGAGUUAUAAUUUUCCAAAUAUCUAUUCCUAUAGAUAGUAUUCCUAAAGUUGUGGUUUCCAUUAUCAUUAUUAUAGUUGUUGCUAUAAUUAUCACUUCUGUAGUUGUUAUUAAACUGCAGAUUCCUUCUGCGUGCCUUGAGUAAAGUUCUACACUCUGCCAUUCUGUGGCCCUUCUUCUCACACAAUUGGCAAGUAACAAAUCAAUAAUUAGAUUCCUGGAGAGGGGCAAGUGCCAUUGGUUGAUUAUCAUGCCCUCUUUCCAGUUUUUCAAUCUUAUAUUUUAAAAAUGUUAAUCAUUUCUUUAUUCUUUGUUUCCCUUUGAAACAUAUAAAGCUGCUUUCCGCAAUUCUUCAAGGCCCAUCUCUGACCAUCUUGGGCAAUGUGUUCUAAAAUAAUCUCUAAUCACUUUGCAAGAGUUAAUGACAAAGUGCUUUCUAAUUGUUCUUAAGCUAUUUUCUUUAGAUAAGUCAAAAUCCAGGUAUCUAUCCCCAAACUCAAUUAUUCUGUCCAUGAAUCUGGAGAGUGUCUCUUCGUCAAUUUGCUUAAUCUUUUCAAAUUCUGUCCACUUAUCUGUACUGUCUGCACAUUCCCUCACUGCUGUAAGAAUGGCCUGUCUACAUCGGUAUAGUUGUAUAAGAUCCUCAGAGUCAUUAGAGUCCCAUUCAGGAUCCUGAGAUGGCCAAUGUGCUGCAUUGCACCCCCAGGUUUUGUUGACAUGAGUAAUUAUUUUAUUUUUCUUACAUUCAUUUUAAAAAGCCAAUAGCAAGUUCUCAACGUCCUUGUAAGACAGAUUAUACUGAAAAAAUAUGUCUGCCAUCUUUUUUGAUACUAGAAAGGGAUCUUGUUCAUAUGUGGGGAUAUUUCGUUUAAAUUCAUUUAUUUCUUGGGGAGUAAACAGUACAUUAUACCUUAAAGUCACCACAUCCCCAUGCCGUCCUAUUUCAAUUACUUCUCUUAAAGGAAAUGGGCCUCUAGUUGAAUUUUGUACCUGUCGAGGACUCCAUUUCCCAGAAUGCCUAUGUUAUGACAUCAUGCACAUCUUGGCCUCCCCCUGUGGAGGACUCCAUUUCUGCUGCUCUGGCAGCUGAGUCUUUCUGCUCCCCAAGUUCCCGGAAGGAUUCACGUUCUUCCCCUCCCCUCUGCAGUCUCCCUCCCAGAGUCAGCCCACAGCGGGGAGGGCCUCACCUGCUCGGGGACAGGACAAGCUGUGCGGGAUCCCUGCCCAGCAGGAGGGUGGGAUGGGGGAAGCAAAAGGGAAGCCCCUAGAAAAGCCUAAUUUAAAACCCUCAGAGCCCGCCUCCAGCACAGAACCCACCCCCAGAUCGAGCUCGGCUCCGCCCACCCAGUACAAUUUUCUUCUAGUCCUUAGGCCAAACCCAUCUUACCUUUAGGCCCCACCCGCAAACUCUCCGCCCCUCCCCUAUUCCCCACCCACACCUGUCUGGCGACCCUCCCGCUCACCUCAGCCCCGCCUAUCGAACUUCUGUGCUGCAGCCCCGGCCCCAGUCAGGUCCCGCCCCGUGCUUGAUCUUCCCAACGCUUCCCAGAAGGCUUUGCUCUAAGGUCUCCAGGUGUGGAGGGGUGCUCCUAGGCUUGUCCUCCAUCUCGGGUCCUCCUCUCACCGUUUGGCGGGAGGAAUCUGGUCCCAGACACGAGCCUGUGCAUGAAGCAGGCGAAGUUGCCGCAGGCCCCUGAGCGCCAAUCCUAAGGCCGUGAACCCAUCAAUACUGUUCUUUCUGUCGUCCUCAUUCCUGGAGGAGGCUGCAGAGGCCAGACGGCACCCAAGACCAUGGGAGACCAGGUGGUCCUCUGAGAGCAGCUGUGGGGGGCAGGGGAUGGACGGAGGGACGGAGGAGGAGUUCGAGGUCAAGCUUGGCCUGUAAAGAAGCCGCGGUUAAAAAGGGUUCUGAGCUGUUUGAGCCCCGGAAGUUCCUAUUGCUCACCGCUAGGGGGAGCCGCGGAGUCCCUCGUCCCCCCAGCCUCCUCUCUGCCUUGUGCCCAGAGCAAAUGAAGGGGACCCUGAACUUGUCCAAGUAAAGCCUCUUUAAGCACCACAAUAAAACUCUGACUGGGGAAACCAUCA